CAAGCAACUUGAUUGUUCAACUAUGGGUGGGUCUAACACUGAACUUGAAAUCAUCAUCAAACAGGACGACGAUCAAGACUGGGAACUUUGGGUGGAUGAAACCAUGAUCGGCUUUUGGCCAAGAUCAAAUUACAGGGCACGCAAUGCAAACAAAAUUGUAUGGGGAGGUGAGAUAGUGAAUGAGCGGACAAGGGGAAGGCACACGUCAACCCAGAUGGGGAAUGGCCAUUUCUCGAGCGCACCAAUAGGGAGGGUUGCAUACAUCAGUCACAUGGCCAUAUACGACCUCAACAUGGAUCGUUAUCAUGCUCCCGAAGCGAUCAAUGUACACGUUCCCCAGCCCGACUGCUAUGAUCUCAAAUAUUCCCCAUCUGACGAUGAAUAUGGCCAGCAUAUAACAUUCGGUGGGCCUGGUUAUGAUAGAAGAAAAUGUCCUUGAUCUUCUUAUUAGACUGUUAUCGAUGCUAAUCUGCACUGUUAAGUAAUUCCUUUU